UAACUCAGGACUUGUAUCAUUUGUAAACUAGUAUGGUAAACGGUCGUCCUGUUCAGGGAGAAAGGUUGCAAGUUAGAUUUAGUCACCUCCAUCCUCGCACUCGACACCGAAUUUAUAUAAUUGUAUAUGAAUGAAUAACUUUAGUGUUGGUGACAUCGUGGACGUCCGUAACUAUGGUCGGGCUGAGGUAAUUGAGCCGCUGGUAACGGAGCCGGGGUCGCGGUUUUACGGCCGCAUCCGCAUCAAGUACCAAAUUGAUGGAAAGACAUACUACGCUCGGCCGACGAAUCUUCGAAAAACAGUUCAGGUCAAGCAACGUGUGCUGCUCUGCCACUCCACCACGCACUACCGCACCUGUGCCGCUUCGGUGGUCAACUGGGACGAUGCCGUGUUGGAGGUAGGGUCACAUGAAGGCGAAUGUACCUGGCUGCUGAGUCGCCGAUGUCGCUACAUCGUGGGUGUGGACAAGUCCCCGACCACGGUGGCAGCAGCGCGGCGGCGCUACCCGGGGCUGAGGUUCGAGGAAGUGGAUGGCUUCGAUGUGCCAACGCUUAAGGCGCUGGGCCCCCAGGACGGCAGCGGAUUCUCGGUAGUACUGGUGGACAUUGGCGGUAUCGCAAGCCUGUCCACGGUGGCGGCAUUGGUGGGACUAUACUUCAAGGAGUUUCCCUACAACACGAAAAUUGUGGUCAAGAGCGUCUUUUUGAAGCGCAUGGUGGAGAGCUGCUUGCCUUACAACACGGAAAAACACAACCCGUGGGCCUUGCUUCCUGCCGGCGGAACCGCUGGCGCAUCCUCUGGGACCGCGGGGGGAGAUGGAAACUCCGCGUGUCCGGGGGCUUCGACACAGGGACAGGGAUGGGGCGAAGAGUGGCCAGAAGAGCAGCAGCAGAAAGGCGAGGAGGGGUUGGAGAAGGGCGAGUGUGUGGACGAUGUCGAGAAGGGCAAGUUGGCGGAGGUGUCGUGCAGCCGACAGAGGCGGAGAAACAGGGGAGAAAGUGGCGCUGGCCUCGCGGCUGUGGCGGACCACGUUGGCGAGAACGGGCUAGGGCGGGACCUGGGGAACUGGAAGGAGAAAUCCCUUGGGGGUUUGGGGGAAGAUGGUAGGGUUGGCGCUGGGCUAGAUAAAGGUACGACGGAAAAUCUGAGCGGAUCCAGAAAGGCGGCCAUUGGGGCAGGGGACGGGGAGGCAGGCGAGGGGCGAGGCAUUGAGGAUGGCCCUAAAGGAACCACAGGUGUCUCGAGCAGCAGGUCAGCGGCAGGGGAAGGGGCGGCCGUGUGACUAUUAGACCACCUUCACUCCUAAACUGAAAGCGCUUUUCUCGCAGCGGUAUAGCGUAGGAACGUAGACAGAGGGUGGUUUCCCUAAAGUUUUCACUUAUCCGGAUAUCCUGAUAUGGGUUUCUUAACAGGCGGGCAGGCUAGCCCUUGUCGGGGACACAGAGUGGUUCCCUAGCAUGUGGAACAGGUUGGGGGCCCCGUUUCCGUUUGUUUGGGCGACUGCGGAUUUCAUGAUACAUACAGCUGAGCAUGAGGAUCUUGCUGGUUAGGCCCACGACCACGAAGGAGGAGUCGCUUUCCGUGUAUACGUGUACAAGCGCUAUAAG